ACUUAUGGUAAAAAUGAGUUUGCCUAUGGACGUGAGUUGCUUUGUCUGGAUGUUGGUGUGGAACUGGAAUGCCCAGACUAUAAUGGGAAUAGACUUUCUCAGAAAACAAGAUCAAGGAUUACAAAGAGUAAUACAAAGUGGACUCCAUCAAGGGGAAAAAGAAGCCAUAGCCAAACAGACAAAUUUAUGCUUGAAGUGAUGGACAGUCUUGAAGAAAUUCUUGGAGGACCACAUAAUUUACAUGCUGUACAUAUUCUGCCCCAGUAUGAGAGAGCAGAUAUUGUCUUUGGUAUUGACAACAAUGGAAAGCCAAGUAAUAUACCUGCUCAGUUCAAGGAACUUCCUCUUCAUCUUGUGAAACCACCUCCAACAAAUGAAGAUCAAACUUUGUGGUAUGCUGUUGUAAUUGGAGGAUGGAAUUUAUUUAUAAGAGGGGAGGACAGACCUGUUGGUGCAAUAGUUACUAAAAUUCGACAGCUUAAGAGACUGGGCUACAAACCUACCUUGGUAUCAUGGUUUAAUUGGUCUAUGAUGAAGUCUGAACAGAAGAAAGAAUUUCUUAAAAAUAUGACUGCAGGAAAACAACUUGUUAGAAGUAUUGGACAGGGUUAAAUUUCAUACAUACCAAAGCUAUGUAAUUUAUUUUUGUACAUUCAACAUUUUACAUGAAAAAAAUUUGUGUAAUAUAAUUAUUUAUUAAAAAGCAGUGAGAUAUUCCACUUUAA